UUAUAUUUUAGUUUGUGUGUGUCUGUGUGUAAGUGUGUGUGUGCUGAGACACAGGGUGUGAUGUCAUGCGUCUCCAUGGUAACCCUGUGUUGUUGGUAACUGUGUUGGUAGUAACAGUCAGUCAUGGAGGAGCAGAGGGAUCGAACCUGCGACCUUUACAGGACGGAUCCAAACCUGCCGCACCGCUUCAACCACCCUGAGUGUUUCCAUGGUUACAGGGAGAAGGCCGAUCACCCGUUGUACCGAACCUCCAACCAGACGUACGGCAGCAGGGGACCAACUGUUCAUGAAAUACAGACUCAGUUUAAAGGGAGCUCCCGUCGUUUUCUCGAGGCGAUGCUGCAGAGCGGGAUGUCCGAGAUCAUGGUUUCAACAUGUCCGUGAGAGCACAGGUGAC